ACAACAUCAUGAUCGGAGCGAGAUCCGUAGAGGACGCUGAAUGGAAGUACCGAAAGUUAAAAAAUGUCUUUAAUGAGGCUUCAAUGAAUUUACGUGAAUGGCUAUCAAAUGAAUCACAAGUAAAUGACCUGUUUGAUGUGAAAGAUCGAACGCAAGGAAAUUUAUCUAAAAUGUUGGGACACGAGUGGGACGUCAUCAACGAUCAACUAAACAUUACAUUAAGACAGAUAAGCGAUAACGAAUUAAAGCUAAUAACCAAAAGACGAGUUCUGAAUCAAUUAUCCAGUAACUUCGAUCCUCUAGGAUUAAUAUCGCCUGUAAUUAUGAUCGGAAAAUCAUUCUUUCAAAAAUUAUGGAAAGAAAAGUGGGAAUGGGACGAGGUAUUACCAGACUAUCGAGCCAACGAAUGGAGAAAUCUAAUGAAACUUUGGGCUCAACAUCCCAACUUUUACGUUCCUCGCCUCAUAUUAACAAAUCAUAAUAACCACUCAGUAAGUCUGCAUGCCUUUGUUGAUGCCUCGAAGUUGGCAUAUGCAGCGUGCAUUUACUUGCGAGAAGGCGAAAACCAUAAUGAAGGGAACGUUCAACUCAUCUACGCAAAAAACCGACUAAAUCCCAUCAAGGAACUAACCAUUCCCAGAUUGGAAUUAAUGGCUGUACUAAUUGGUAUACGAGCACUACAAUUCGUUGAACACGAAUUAAGUUUAGUCGUUACAAGUAAAUGCAUCUGGAGUGAUGCAAAAUGUGUACUAACAUGGCUCUCAUCUACAAGAGCACUUCCAGUAUUUGUGGCAAAUCGCAUUCGCGAAAUUAAGGCAUCAAAAAACGUUGAAUAUCGUCACGUGUCUACCAAUGAAAAUCCAGCAGAUAUAGCAACGCGUGGCACUGAUCCCGAAAACUUAGCUCGCAGCGCCAUUUGGUGGAAUGGGCCCGAAUGGUUAAAACUGCCAAAGAAGAACUGGCCACAACUUCAAGCAAGCAUAAAAAAUGAAGUAAAAGCAACUGAAAACUCGGAACCAUCAUGUGAAGACGCACAACAAGAAGAAACCAGAUUAACAGUUAACGCAGUCAUCCAGAAUAACAAUCCUUCUGUACUCACAGAGGACAUAAUAGAAAGAAUAGCCACACGAGUAAACUCAUGGCGGAAACUGAAAGGAGUCGUAGCUUAUAUGCGCCGUUGGUUACACAUUCUCAAAAAGCCAUCACAAAAUCAAGGAUCCCAACUCAGCAUCGAAGAACUUGAUAUCGCCGAACAAAUCAUCAUCGCACACACACAACACAAAUACUUCCAGAAUAUAAAAGAAGCAAUAGAGAAAAACACAAGGAACUCCCUCAGAGACCAGCUUGGGAUUCAAUGCAUUAAUGGAGCUCUAAGAUGUGUAGGCCGAUAUGGAGCAGCAGACAUCAACCAGAGCACUAAAGCUCCCAUAUUAAUUCCAACCAAAGGCAGAAUCACAGAACUGAUUAUCCAUGAUGCACAUAAAAGGAGUCUCCAUAAUGGAACACAACUCACACUCAGCACGAUUCGGAACAAGUUUUGGAUCCCAAAAGGAAGAGCUGCGGUGAAAAGAGUCAUUAAGCAAUGUGUAAUAUGUAAGCGGUAUGACGGGGGACCUUUCGCUCUUCCACCCAUGGCACCCCUACCAACAAUGAGAACUCGACGAGCAUAUCCUUUCCAGUACACUGGAUUGGAUUAUUUUGGACCAAUUGAGAUCAAAGACAAUGGAAGAAGAAGAAAGAUAUGGGGAUGCAUUUGGACCUGCUUAUCCACCCGUGCAGUUCAUCUCGACAUUGUCACAAACCUUUCAGCCCAAUGCUUCUUGAACGCAUUCCAACGAUUCAUUGCUAGAAGAGGAAGUCCCUCCAUAAUUAUAUCGGAUAACUCAACUACAUUCACAGCAGGUGGCAGAAUUUUGACAACUAGCCCUCAAAAGAAAGAAUGGGAAAAGGAAAGCCUAAUUCGGGCGAAAGAAAUGGGAAUCGAAUGGCAAUACAUAACCAGUCAUGCACCUUGGAAAGGAGGAGUUUAUGAACGUCUGAUCGGCUUAAUCAAAAGAACAAUUAAGAAAACAAUAGGAAGACGAAUAUUAACCCUUGAAGAAAUGAGUACAUUCUUAUGUGAAGUGGAGGCCGUUCUUAACAGUCGACCCUUAACAUACUUAUAUGAAGAACCAGACAGCCGCAUAAUACGCCCGAUUGACUUCAUUGCACCACAUGUGCAACUGCAAAUUCCAUCGAACCAAAUUGAUGAUAAUAAUGAUCCAGACUAUCAAUUAUCAGAAGAAAAGGACCAACUAUUAGAACAAUAUCUGGAAGGACUAAGAAUUUUGGACAGAUUUUGGCAAAUCUGGCAUGCAGAAUAUCUACUAAGUUUGCGCGAAACUCAACGAAUGUUACAUUCAGCCCAUCACGCCGAAAUAAAAAGGGAACCGAAAAAAGGAGAAGUAGUGCUUAUUCAUGAUGAUAAUAUGCCCCGAGGUCAAUGGAAAUUAGGCUCAAUAGUCGAACUUCCAAAAGGAUCCGACGGACAAAUUCGAGUGGCCAUCAUAAAAACAAUGAACAGAGAAAGAAUCGAACGCCCAAUUAAUAAA